CAAAUCCUCUCCUCUCCCUGCUUCUCAUUUCCGGACCAUCCCUCAUCACAUCCUCGGCGGCGCAUCUCACAUACUCGUCUUCUCUCUCCGUCCGUCUUAUGCUCUGAGACAAAGGGAGCUUUUGUGCACUUUAUUGGCACCUUUCAAAUUCCCCUUGUGAGAGAAAAAAAUGAAUUUCACUUUGAGUUCAUCUUCUUUGGAGUUUGCAUGUUCUUCGGUAGAAGGUUUGAGGAGUGCAAAUGCAAAGUUGCUGAUGUCUAAACCCAUUUUAAGGGUUAGCGAUUGCAUUAAAAGUCAUUGUGCGCAAGCAUCUUACCCUUGUGCUAGAAAAGUUGUGAUGUCAAGCCAUUUGAUGCCCAGACACCUAGAAAGAUCCUUUGUGGGCAAAAAACAGCUGGAGGAGCCUAGAAGGAAGCUUGAUUUUGUGAGGACAUUGUUGAUUGACAAUUAUGAUAGUUACACCUACAAUAUUUAUCAGGAGCUUAGUGUCAUUAAUGGGGUGCCUCCUGUAGUUGUGCAAAAUGAUGAAUGGACAUGGAAAGAAAUCUGCGAUUUCUUGUAUGAAGAGGGUGCAUUUGAUAAUAUUGUUAUAUCUCCUGGACCUGGUUCUCCAACAUGUCCAGCAGAUAUAGGAAUAUGUCUUCAAGUGCUGCUUGAGUGCUGGGAUGUCCCUGUUCUGGGUGUUUGCCUCGGACAUCAGGCUUUAGGUUAUGUUCAUGGUGCUCGUAUUGUUCAUGCAGAUGAACCUGUCCAUGGACGCUUAAGUGAAAUUGAACAUAAUGGUUGCAGACUGUUUGAUGAUAUUCCUUCUGGCUGGAACUCAGGUUUUAAGGUGGUUCGAUAUCAUUCCCUUGUUAUAGAUGCAGAAUCAUUGCCAGAACAGCUCAUACCAAUAGCUUGGACCUUGUCUGACAACACACUCACAGGUGCUUAUGGAAGUCAGGCACAGCAGGAUAACUUGGAUUCUAUUUCAAGAAGGUUGAAAAAUGAAAAUUGCUGGCUUUGCAGCCAUGCUAAUGGAAUACAAAGCAGAAAGGUUCUCAUGGGUGUCAUGCAUGCUACCAGACCUCAUUAUGGUGUGCAGUUUCAUCCAGAAAGUGUUGCAACCUGUUAUGGGAAACAGAUCUUCAAGAACUUUAGAGAGAUUACUGAGGAUUAUUGGUUAAGGAUGAGAUCUCCACGCAUUAAUGACAAAAAAUUUUGUAAUGCUGGUAAAUCAGACCUCCAGUUUCUUGUUAUGGGAAAGCAUAUGCCACCUGUGAUACCUCUGAGCAGUAAAAUUGUUUUAGCACCCAUGCAGGUGCCCCACACAGGUCGACUGUUCAGAGAAGUUCCUGAAAACGGGCAAUUAGUGAAUGGCACUGGUGUCCGGCAUUAUGGAGAAGCUUCUGCUAGUAGGCAAUUGGAAUAUGAUGUGGAUAAAAAUGGUUUUGGCAUUCUUGAUAUGGUAAAUCUUAAACCUGUAAGUGCUGCUUACAAAUUUCUAAAGUUGAGAUGGAGGAAAUUUGAUAACUUGGCAAGUCAAGUUGGUGGAGCAAGAAAUAUAUUUUCUGAACUUUAUGGAAAGAAUAAAGCUGAAAACACAUUUUGGUUGGACAGCUCCUCCACAGAAAAGGGAAGGGCACGCUUUUCUCUCAUGGGCGGUAAAGGUGGAUCUCUAUGGAAACAAGUAACGUAUAGAUUGUCAGAUCACAGUGAUGAGGCUUCAAAAUAUGGAGGUCAUUUGUUGGUUGAGGAUGCUAAAGGCUCUAUUAGUAGCACAUAUUUGGAUGAAGGUUUUUUUAAUUUUUUGGAAAAGGAGCUUCUGUCAUUCUGUUAUGACGAAAAAGAUUAUGAAGGACUGCCAUUUGACUUCUAUGGUGGAUUUAUUGGUUACAUUGGGUAUGAUCUCAAAGUAGAAUGUGGUGCAGUCUCUAAUCUUCACAAAUCCAGGACUCCUGAUGCUUGCUUUUUCUUUGCUGAUAAUCUUGUAGUUAUUGACCAUGAAUUUGAUGAUGUUUAUAUAUUAUCCAUAUAUGAAGGAAAUGCAACCAAGAGCACAUGGUUGGAUGAUACAGAACAGAAGCUUGUCAGCUUAAAGGCUUCUGAGACCGUAAAGUUAGAUAAGAAUGAUUCACAUGCUGCAAAGAUACCUACAUUUAAUGCAGGGUUUUGUUUUGAGAAAUCCAAAGAGCAGUAUACAUCAGAUGUUGAGAACUGUCUGAAGUACAUUAAAGAUGGAGAAAGCUAUGAGUUGUGCCUCACCACUCAAACUAGAAAAAGCGUUGGGGAAAUAGAUUCUUUGGGGCUUUAUCUUCACCUUAGAGAGAAAAAUCCUGCACCAUAUGCUGCUUGGUUGAAUUUUUCAAAGGAAAAUUUAUGCAUAUGCUCUUCUUCUCCCGAGAGGUUUCUCCGUCUAGACAGAAAUAGUGUAUUAGAAGCAAAGCCAAUAAAGGGUACUGUUGCUCGGGGUGCAACACUGGAAGAGGAUCAACGGCUCAAGUUGCAACUGCAAUAUAGUGAAAAGGAUCAGGCUGAAAAUCUAAUGAUCGUUGAUCUUCUGAGGAAUGAUCUUGGCCGUGUUUGUGAACCUGGAUCAGUUCAUGUUCCUCGUCUCAUGGACGUGGAGUCAUAUGAAACUGUUCACACAAUGGUGAGCACAAUUCAUGGCAAAAAGAGGUCAAAUGUUAGUGCUGUUGAUUGUGUCAAAGCAGCAUUUCCCGGUGGUUCAAUGACAGGUGCUCCAAAGUUGAGAUCCAUGGAACUACUAGAUUCCAUUGAAAGUUGUUCCCGAGGUAUAUACUCUGGUUCCAUUGGGUUUUUCUCAUAUAAUCAGACAUUUGACCUGAAUAUAGUGAUAAGAACAGUAGUCAUACAUGAGGGUGAAGCAUCAAUAGGGGCUGGAGGGGCAAUUGUUGCCCUAUCAAACCCUGAAGACGAGUAUGAGGAAAUGAUUUUGAAGACACGAGCUCCAACAAAGGCUGUGAUGGAGUUUCAAUAGCAACUGGUGUAACAUUGUAGAAUAGUAACAUUCUUUGUUGUAUUCUUCACGUCCUUCCUCUCAAGAUUUCGACAGUCAUAGAAGUAUACUAGCAACAGAAAACUGCAGCAAUACAACAUUCCUUAUUUCAUCGUAGGGCUUCCUCGAUUUACUUCCUCAAAACAAUAGAACGAGUUGUUCAAUACAAUGUUGUACUGAACAUUGUGUUUGAAAUAGAAAUUUCUUUUGAGCUGUUCUAUUUGUCAUGUGGUGAACAAUAAAUCGCCAUUGCUGCUGGAAAUGUAUUGUCUUCUUACAACUUGUUCUAAAAGGAAGAAAUGUUCUGGUUUGGCAAAACUCAAAUGAACAUUACUCAAUGGU